AGUCGAACAGCGACGACUUCAGCCCAACAGCAACUGCUACAGGUGCAGUGGGGUUUGUCGGGCAUGUUAGGGCUUGUUUCCCCCCCAAACCCUCAAUAACACCCCAGUCACCCACAACUCGCGUCCACGCUCCUCGUAGACACCUCGAAGACUCAGGUUUAGUGUACUGCAACUUGUUGAAUACAGAACCCUGCCCUCUGUGAAGACGGCAGAGUGUCCAAGGUUCAGGAAGAUAACGAGAGGUUGGGUGAAACGAUAUUUGUCUUGGGAUCGCUGCGGCUCAAACAACCAGGAACUGGAACUCGCAACGGACUGUCAAAGAACUCACAGAAAGACUGCUUCCUGCUCUUUGGAAAGACUGUUGCCAUGGAUAGGAAGACACAACACGGUUUGUUGCUUUUGCUGUGUUUGUCAUGGCUUGUUCAGUGCUCGGCGGCUUUUGUUUUUUGGACCUCUGUGCUUGAGUCUAGCUACACUGACAGCAGCAGCAACAAGACUGUGGACCAGUUCUGCGAGUGUGGGGUGUACGGCCGUAACUCCAUGAUUGAGAAAGCCUCGGGUAUCAUUGCGCUUCCCAGGGGAGACCCCAGAGGCUGUGGCUUGUAUAACAUAUACAACCGCAACUUCACCUCACCUCCCUGGAUCGCUCUGGUCAAAAGGGGCAACUGCACCUUCAGCGAGAAGAUCAUAGCAGCCAAACGUCAGGGGGCCGUCGGCGUCAUCGUGUACAAUGUGGACGGCACUGGAAACAGCACGACUCACAUGACGCACCCGGAGGCCGACGAAAUUGUGGCCGUCAUGAUUGGCAACAUCAAGGGCAGGGAGUUUUAUGAGUUGGUGAAAAAUGGAACGGAGGUUUACAUGAUCAUCAACGUCGGCAGCCCUCAUGGACCGUGGAUUGACACCUACUGGCUGUAUUUUCUCUCAAUCGCAUUCUUCGUCGUGACUGCCGCCUCACUCGCCUACUUUGUUUUUAUCUCCGCCAACCGCCUGUUAAACCUGCGUUCUCAAAGACGUGAAGAAAGGCGGGUCCGAUCUCAAGCAAAGAAGGCGAUUGCCCGCUUACAAGUCCGUACGCUGAAGAGAGACGACGUGGAGACUUCUUCGGACUCGCACAUGUGCGCUGUCUGCAUCGAAUCCUACAGGCCGGGUGAAGUGGUGACGGUGCUCACGUGCGACCACAUCUUCCAUAAAACCUGCAUUGAGCCCUGGCUGCUGGAGAGGAGGACCUGCCCCAUGUGCAAGUGUGACAUUCUGAAGGCCCUCGGGGUGGAAGAGGAACCCAAAGAGGACGUUUCAGUCCAACCACCAGCAGAGGUCACUGUCAUCACAGUAACCGGACAGGAACCCUUGUAUGAAGUCCCACUAACAGGUGCAGAACAUCUCUAUGACAACAGGGCCUUUGAGGAAGACGCACAUGCCCCAAGACGCUGAACAGCACAAAGAGAAUGUCGCCCAACAGAGACACUGACUCAUUCUCUUGUUUUUAAUCAGGACUCCUGUUUUCAAUAGUACAGUGAUCGAGACUUCACACCUGAACUGUGUGGAUGGGCUACUUUUAAGUCACCGUGUUCAUUAGAAGCUGACAUAUUUACAUGAGCUUGAGAUGGUUAUGUUGAAUGUCAAUGGAAAUGAUUGUAUGCUUCGUCACUCCUACUGCUAUAGAUCAAGGGUGUACAGCACUACAGUUGGGUCAGAAUUGUCACCAAAAACAAAUCUAUAUUCCUAACUUUUGAAAUUUGAUUUCAAAGACUGUACCAGAUGAAGUUGAAAUUGGCAGCAGUUUUGGGAUCAUGGGACUUGUCAGGUUUUAUUCCUUUAGCAUUGAGUUACUGCUUCAUGUUUUUAUGAUAACAUAAACUGGGCUGUCAAGCUGGAAGGACGAAUGCACCCAAGCGCACACGCCUGUUUCACCAUGACACACAUGGCAGAUGAGUCAAUCACACCACAUGACAGAAUGGAACUAUUUAAAACUUGUUCCACUAUAAAAUUUCCUCAAUGAUUUGUUGGUUUAUGUUGUAUGAACAAAGUGAUUAAGGACAGGGCUGAUAACUUGUGGUUUGUUUUUAAAGAAAAUGUAUAUAUAUUUAAAUCCUUUUGUCACAAAGUUUUAUUUUUUUAAAGCCUAAUUCUUCAUCUUUCAAUUACUGGUAAAAUGUUCAUCAAGUUCCUGCAGUUAAGGUUCUUAUAAUUCCGCACACAAUCUGGUGAAGCAGAAGAAUUGCUUAUGUUGGUGCGAACUGUGACUGUUUUCUAUGUUUGGGUGAUUUCAUAGUUCAAGAUUCCAGAAGUCUUAAGUUGUUUUGUAACAAUGAACAUCAUUGCUUGUAUUAAAUCACAUUGAUGCUGAGAAGGAUUUAAUAAAUUCCUCAAAAUGAGGCCUACUUCACUUGCAUGUCUUCUUUGU